AUGACCAGAAGUAGCUCUAUUCUAUUCGAGGUCCCAUCGUUCUCCCUCCGCCCCCAAGGCAGUAAGCCAUCUCCUGGAAUCAAAUACCCGUCCACUCCAUCUUCUCUUGGGAAGCCCCAACAACGAGAUAAGCAACUGACGAGGAACGCCAAUUACUCAACUAAUAGGUCUGCAAGCCUCGGAUCGAACCUCAAGAGAAGCCCUUUACCCUCAUUUGCAGCAUUUGGAUCCGAACUAAGCCCUUCCCGAAGGCGAAUCAAAGUGAUCUGGGGAACCCCGAGGAACGCCUGGCCCUGCUAA